UCUUGAAUCUUGUUGUUAUGAUGAUGAAUUGGGAGCUAGGGUUUCAAGAAGGAAUUGGGGAAAAUCCACCAAAAGCAUCUUUAAGACAAUAUUAACUACUUUGGAGUAAAAUGCCUCCUAGGCGAAACGUACCUGCUGGGGAUAGCAGCGAUGUCUCGGCAAUGGACCGUAUGGCUAUGGCAAUGGAACAGAUGGCUGAGUUCAUGAUGGCUCAGCAAGCUCAUAAUCAAGCCCCAGUGCAACCACGGGUUGAUGUUACUAAAGCUAUAGCAGCUAGACAACCACCGUUCUAUGCAGGGGAGGAAGACCCGGUGAUCCUUGAAGAAUGGAUCCGAACCUUUGACAAACUGCUAAACGCUGUGAAUUGUCCCGAGGAGCAGCGGGUGUCUUCUGCAGUAUACUACCUGACCAAAGCUGCGGAUGAUUGGUGGUCAAUGGUGGGACCAGAUCUUCUGCAAGGCCCAGGGUUUGGCUGGGAAGAGUUCAAAACGGAAUUAAGAGGUCAAUUCUAUACCGAACGAAUUAAGGGCAUCAAGUGUGAAGAAUUCUUGCGGUUGAAACAACAGGGAACAACGGUGCAAGAUUAUCAUGGUAAGUAUGUGGAGUUGAUGAGAUUUGCGCAAGAUAUCGUACCCGAUGAGGCAAGCAAGGCGAGGCGAUUUGUAAGGGGGUUAGAUUGGGGAGUGAGAAGUGCAAUCGCACCAUUUAUGUGCUCUACUCUCAGGGAAGCAUACAAUAGAGCAUCGGAUCAUUAUCAAGUGUAUUUAGAUCAGCAAGAAGUCUAUGGUCGGAAAAAGAGAAAAGCUGAUGAUAGCUUACCCUGA